AUGACUGAUUUCUUAGGUUUCGACGACCUAACCACCAGCAUGUUCAAGCCAGACUCGCAAAUAGGCGACAUCACCCUGGUCAAAUCCAAACCCGAGGACGAGUUUCUUGACUCCCACCUGCGUUUCCACCAGGGCCUUCAGCUGUACACUCCAAUCAGUCCGGUUUCGUGCUGGGAAUCUGAAGUUCAUGAACAGUCGGAAUUUCCGUACUCUGAAGAUAGCGAAACCCUUCUGAGCGGCCAGCUUUUCACGGAGAUGGCGCUUCCCUCGCUUAUAUUGGAACCUUCCUCGGGCUCGAUAAGUCCCGAUUUGAUCUCCAAUCCGACGACACCUGAUUCGUCGAGUUUCGACAACAAUUUCCAGGUAACUUCGGGUAAUCUGGACUACUCGCAAUCCUUUCACCACCACAGCCAUGACCAUGAAAAUUAUGACCACCACGCCAACAGCGAUAUCGUUCAGGACAAGCAGACACAGGAGUUGGAACACCACAAUCACAUGAAUGGGAGUGAUCUACUGGAAGGAUCCGAAUUGAAGACUGAAAUGGUGUUGGAGUUGGGGAUAAGUUCAGAGCCCGAAGUCAACAGUCUAAAACGCAGGGCUGCUAGCGAGGGUCUUUUUGACGAGGAGGAACUAAAAAUGAAGUUCAGUCGGAGACACACCACAGACGCAAUCAGACAGCACGAUGUGCCCAAUGCUCUGAUCAGAAACCGAUGCGCGAUAUGCAACAAACAGUUCAAGAGGCCGUCGUCUCUGCAGACUCACAUGUAUUCGCAUACCGGCGAGAAGCCGUUCAAGUGCGACUGGAAUAUGUGCGGUAAGGUUUUCUCAGUGAGAAGCAACAUGGUAAGACAUUACAGAUUACACGAGAAGGACGAGAGAAAAUUGUUUAAGUUGCAGGACAGCGUGAAAAGAAAGUGA